UAUAUACUAAAUUUAUUACAUAAAAUGUCAGACGUGCACGACCUUUCUUACUAUGCUAAGUGUAUGAUGGGAGGUAUCCUCUCAUGCGGACUCACACAUACUGCUGUUGUCCCCCUUGAUAUUAUCAAGUGCAGGAGGCAGGUAGAUUCCAAAAUUUACAAGUCCUUGGGUGACGGAUUCAAGACUGUUAGAGCUGCCGAAGGAAUGAGAGGACUCACUGUUGGAUGGGUUCCAACCUUCAUUGGAUACUCUGCUCAAGGUUUCGGUAAAUUUGGAUUCUAUGAAAUCUUCAAGGAUGUCUAUAAGAAAAUCGUAGGAGAAGAAAAUGCCGCCAAAUAUCAGACUACUGGAUUCUUGGUUGCUUCCGCUUGAGCCGAAUUCAUUGCAGAUAUUCUUCUCUGCCCAUGGGAAUCUUUGAAGGUUAGAACCCAGGUAGACAUGACUGGCAAGUUCCCAAGGAACCCAGUAGCCGGAUUCAACCUCAUCAAGGCCAAGGAGGGUACCAAUGGAUUCUAUAAGGGCCUUUCCCCACUCUGGUUCAGACAGAUUCCUUAUACUAUGGUUAAGUUUGCCUGCUUCGAGAGAACUGUCAGAUAUGUGUAUGCCAACUGGCUCACUAAGGACCCAAGCGAAUACUCCAAAGCCACCAAGCUUACCGUAACUUUCUUGUCUGGAUACUGGGCUGGUAUUUUCUGUGCCGUUGUUUCACACCCAGCAGAUACUAUUGUAUCCAAGUUAAACUCUUCAAAGUCUGAAGGAUCCACCUUUGCCAAGAUCGGAGAGAUCAUGGGAGAACUCGGAUUCAUGGGAGUCUGGAGAGGAUUAGCCACAAGAAUUAUCAUGAUUGGUACCUUAACUGGUCUCCAAUGGUGGAUCUACGAUACCUUCAAGACACUCACUGGGUUACAAACAACUGGAGCAGUCUCAAAGAAGAAGUAAUUUCGAGAAGUGAUAGAAUAACAAGCAUUGUUUAUUUGAU